AGACACUGACCAUUAAAGAUGAAGGUACUCAGCGCUGCAGUGUUGAGCGCCCUGAUCUGCACGGCUGUGGCCUCUUUGAAAGUUAAAGAGGAACAACGGACAGCCUUCUUUGGGGAGGAGAUUCACAUCAACGUCCCGUCUGGGAACCUUGGUGAGGUCGUGUUCAAACCCAGGACCAACGGCUCCGCUGAGGUGGUUCUGCUGCAGGCGGGCAAGGUGGUGAAUCCCAGGGCCCGCCUCAGCUCCCCGGGCCACCUGGUGCUGGAGGACAUGCUGGAGGAGGACGAAGGGGUGUACGUCAUCAAGAACACGAACAGCCCCAACACCGCCAAGCAACUCAUCAUCAACGUCAGGGACUGCGCUUUGGAGCAGGUGGUGAAGUAUGGAGAAACUUACCAAAUCUAUCUCAACCAAGUGGAAGGCCCCAUCACUCUGGAGUUCAGGCCCGCUCUGACUCCGCCCAAUCAGACGGAGAUACAUCACACUACAGAGCCCCCCCCCCUGGUGCUGUACAACCAGACGGAGGUGCUGGCCGAGGAAUACGUGGGGCGCCUCAGUGUGUCGGAGAAAAAGGUGACACUGCACUCGGUCAAGGCUACGGACGAGGGGAGCUUCACAGUGUUGGACCGUGAGGGCAAAGUGAGAAGGAGAAACUGUCUGAAUGUGAGAGAGCACCGGGACUUUCUCCACCUCACCCACGGAGAAAACCGGAAGAUAAAACUCUACCUGCACCACUCCAACGCUAACAUUGUCUACAGGUCCAGAUCCGACCAUCAGGACCGGCCCAUCCUGGAGGAGGGGGUCAUGGUGACGCCGCUGGGCCCUGAGCUGGAGGGCAGGCUGAGUGUGGAGGGGUCGGAGCUCAUCCUGAAGAAGGCCACCUUCACAGACACGGGGGUCUUCAUUGUGACAGAUCUGACGGGCUUUACUGUGGCUCAUGUCCACAUAGAUGUUGAAGCCAAUAAGCUGCCUCCUCUGACUGUAGCCAUCCUGGCCCUGAUGGGUGUGAUCGCCUUCAUGCUGCUGCUCUGCCUGCUGUCCUGUGUCUACAGAGUGCACAUGAGGAAUGAGAAGGACAAGAGGGUGAUUCUGCUCGCUCAGCAGGCCGGACAUAACGAAGGAGAGGCUUUCAGACAGGUGGUCCAUGAUGCUUACACCAGGUUCAAUGAGGAAUCUCUGAUGCAGUCCGUGUGUGAGAACCCGUCGGAGAGCACAGAGGUCCCCAUAAAGGGUCUGGAGGUGUCCAAACCGGGCCGCUACCACACUCUCUCCUCUGACAACCUUUUGGAGAUGAGCGACUCCGGGGUGGAGUUCACCUCCUCUGGCCUGCCACUGGACAGCGACACGGAUGGCGGCAUGACCUACGCCUCCAACAAGCCCCUCCUGAAUGCCGUCUCCCCCACAGCCAUGACGGAAGAAGUUCCCCCCGAGAGCCCGGAGGCCACCCUGGCCCCCGACGGGGACCUCAGCGCCAGCCGGACCCCUGACUCGGCCAUGAGUGCGAGCCCAGCUUCCAAUCCACGCUCGCUCGCUGCUGCCACCCCCAACGGCAGCCUGCACGGAGCCGCGUCGCCGGGAGCAACCUCCGGGGGCACCGUGGGGUCAGAUCCAGCCCAGAAGGAGGGAGGGGCUGAGAGCGAAGAGGUGGGGCAGAAGGAGGAGUCGGCCCAGAGCACCUGAGAGGCACUACGGUGUGUUUUGUAGUUCAUGAUCCUCAUACAGUAAUGACAGCCACAACAAUCUGGCUCCGUCCAUUAUAUCCAAACACCACGAGUCCUUCAUCACUGCAUUUCAAUUGACGACACAGACAAAAUAUUCUUGCUUGGAUCCAGAUGUCAUAUUAGACCAAAAGAAAAUGCACUGAGCAAUGAAAAGUUAGAUGCAAAAGAGUAAACCCACACUCUCUAAGAAGAACAAUGUGUGCAUAUGGAAAAUGCAUGCAUUUAAAUUAAACAUUAAAAUAGAUAUCAUAGUUAGGAAAAUGCUGACGUUAGCGUAGACUGACUGCAUGCGAGCUUCAACGGGCAAUAAAAGGAAGCUAUUUGAAAAAGGGGUUAAAACCCUCUCAGCAAUGUUGGGAAACACCUUAAAGGGAUCAAAUGAUUUCACCCCCUGUCAAAAAGGUGACAGUUGGAGUCAGCACGCUCCGAGGAAUAAGAAAUGAUUCACUAAGACCAAGGAGACUGACAACAGCAGCAAAAAGCCUCUCCUGUAUUGAGGAGAAUCUCAGUGUGUUGCCUGACAACACUUGUAUCUGCUCUCACGGCAUCAGACAAACAGCAAUGAUUGCAUUCCAUCCAUCCACAGACUCUAUAGUGCCAAUUUCAGAAAGCGCCUCUGCCUCUCAGACACAAGUGCUUGUCUCAGCACUCAUUCACAGAUAUCCACUAGAAAAAACCUCCUCAACUUAUUUUUCUCCUGAAAAGCCUGCACAGAAACAAGCUCUGUAAAUUGAAUAGCACCACUCCUAUGUGAGUGACGGUGAUUGCUUUUUUCUUCCUCUCAUAUACAGUUGCAAGAAAAAGUAUGUGAACCCUUUGGAACUACCUGGAUUUCUGCAUA